AUGGCAACCAGAGUCUUUGUUUCCAUCACACUUGUACUCUUCCUCUUUGUCACCCGCUCACGCGCUCGCGAUCUCCAUAACUCACUUUCCGAAUCCACCACGCGCUCCAAACCCCAACAAUACGACACCAUUUCGUUCAAUCUCAUCCCCAUCGAACACCUUCCGGUAACCCUCGCCGAUCUCCGUCCAAUCAACCGUCACGUCCAUGUACUUCGUCCUUUGCCGCUAGGUUUCCCCUUAUCUCACCGUCGUUGCCGGCAUGGCCACCGCCGCCAGAUUCCUUACGGCACCGACAUGAUCUUGGCGAACGACGCCAGCACCAAACACCGCCAGAUCCCUUACGGCAACGACAUGAUCUUGGCAAGCGAUGCCGGCACUAAAGAUCGCCGGAUCCCGAAACGAUUGUCGAAGAUUCACGGUGGUGAGGUGAUGUUCCCGCAGGUGAUGCAUUUUUAUCCUCCCCAUAUCCAUAGCCAGGAUCACCAUCACCAUCACCAUCAUGAGAAGAGUUGGUUUUCAAAGAAGAUUCAUGAAUUCUUGAACUUGUUCUGA